AUGGAGGCUGUGCCUAGGGAGGUGAAGCCGCUGCUGCUGGAGGAAACCUGGCGCUGGUAUGGGCCGAAUGACCCCGUCACUCUCGAGGACGUAAAGCAGUCCGGGGCCACAGGCAUCGUCACGGCGCUGCACCAGAUCCCCAUCGGAGAGAUCUGGAGCGAAUCCGCCAUCCUCGAGCGCAAGAAGAUGUUGGAGGAUGCCGGCUUCACCUGGUCCGUGGUGGAGUCUGUGCCUGUGCACGAGAGCAUCAAGCUCGGCAAGGCGGACCGCGACAAGUACAUCGAAACCUACAAGCAGACAGUGCGAAACCUGGGCAAGUGUGGCAUCCGCUGCAUCUGCUACAACUUCAUGCCUGUCUUGGACUGGACUCGGACCGACCUCACCCGCCGGUGGCCGGACGGGUCAGAGGCCUUGGCGUACGACGCAGACGAGCUAGCAGCCUUCGAUCUGUACAUUCUGAAGCGCGCCGGCGCCGAGAAGGAGUACGAAGCUUCGGCCCUGGCGCGGGCCAAGGCCGUGUUCGACAAGAUGGACGAUCAAGCGCAGCAGGCGCUUCAGCAGAACAUCAUUGCUGGCCUUCCCGGGCGGAUGGUCGAGGCCUACUCCAUCGAAGAGUUCCGCAGCGCCAUCGCGGAGUACGAGAACGUCAAGCCCGCGCAGAUGCGCGAGAACUUGGCAUACUUCCUUCGCAGCAUCAUCCCUACCUGCGAGGAGGCAGGCGUCUUCAUGGCCAUCCACCCCGACGACCCUCCGAGACCCAUCCUCGGCCUACCGCCGGCCUGCUCGACGCGCGACGACGUCGCAGCGCUACUGAAGGCAGUGGAUUCGAAGUUCAACGGCAUUACCCUGUGCGUUGGCACAUACGCCUCGUCGCCACAGAACAAGGUUGAGGACAUGGCCAAGGAAUUCGCAUCGCGCACGCACUUCGUGCACCUGCGGAAUGUCACGAAGGAGAUGCCGCCCUCUCCGGAGACUGGGCUGGGUCCUGCCGGCUGCACGUUCACGGAGUCCGACCAUCUGGGCGGGGAUGUCGACAUGUAUGCGAUCAUGUUGACGAUGCUCGAGGAGAAGCAGCGUCGUGUUCGAGAAGGCUGGGGCGACUCGGCCAACAUUCCGUUCCGCCCGGACCAUGGCCACAAGAUGCUGGAUGACAUGAAGGACUCGUUCGACAUCGACUAUCAGGCUACGGUGAACUGCGUAGAGGCCUCCAGAAAGGCGGGGCUCGACCAGUUUGUCCUCCUCUCAGCCGUCUGUGUGCAGCGGCCGCUCUUGGCUUUCCAAGAGGCCAAGCUCCAGGCGGAGGCUGAUCUCUGCAAGGAGGGUGAGAAGAUGUCCUACUCCAUCGUGCGACCUACUGCCUUCUUCAAGUCUUUGCUGGGACAGGUCAAAGGUGUCAAAGGGGGCGCCCCGUAUGUCAUGUUCGGCGACGGGACUGAGGUCCGCUGUAAGCCGAUCAGCGAGGAGGAUCUGGCCUCUUUCAUGGCCGACUGCUUCUGGGAUCCGGCCAAGAAGAAUGCGAUUUUGCCCAUCGGUGGCCCGGGUCCCGCCCUGUCUUUCAAAGAGCAGGGCGAGCUGCUCUUUAGCCUCGUGAA